AUGGAGAAUUCCAACAUAAGCGUGUCUGAGUUGAGUGUAACUCUCCCCAGAAUCUGUGAGGACUGCGAAGCAUUCAUAACAGAUGACCUUCUUCCUAGUAUCGUGCUCUACUAUUUCAGCCCUACAGGCUUCUUCGAGGAGAGAUAUAGGGAUGUCGAUAUCCAAUGUACAGAAUGUCAGUUGGCCGACCUCUGCGGCGUCCGCGAUGCCCUCUCGGCGGUUUACGAUGCGCCCCCAGAGAUGUUUACCGUAGAGAUGUUCAAGAAGUUAAUCAGUGACCUCUAUACUUUCGGCGCAUUCAAUUACCCCGAGACGUGGCAUAGUCUCCCAUCUAUCGUCUGGAAAUGGAGGCAUCGUGUCCAUCUUGAGACCUUAUUCAACCAGAUCGAGUUGUGCCUAGGUAAGGACUGGGCCAUCAAGUUCUUUCGGUACGCGGCAGACGUUGCGUUCCUUGCCGCGGACAGCAUUUUGAUCAGCCUCCAACACUCGCCGCCAGGGGGUGGUAAUGUUGAGGCUUUAAGACAAGCCAUCGCAGACAUCCGCAAAUCUAUGAUUGACUCCAUUCAAGGCCCAGAGGGCUUACAGUCGAUUUUUGCCUACAUAGAAGGGCUGUUUGAGGCGAACGGGUAUGGGCGUGACUUAGAAGGCCCGGUAACCGAGGUGAGUCCUCCUAAUGGCGAUAAUGGUACGAGCCUAAAGGACGGCCAAAGCCUCGCCAGCCAAAAAACGGUUGAUGGUCGCUAG